AUCAACAUGGCAGACUCCAGGGAUGUUACAGGUGGGCCUGGACCACCAGAGCAAUCCCAGAAUAGAUCAAAAGAGAAGAAGCGAAGACAUGGGCAUUCCAGUGGUUCCAGAGUUAACGUCAAAGACGGUGAAAGUGGGUAUUCGGAAAAUCGAGGAAAAACGGAGCGGGUGAAAUCAAAGGAGGCGGGGAGUGAGCCGAUUUCAAAGUGCGAGAAAGCGGUGGAUUCAGUCGGUAGUGGUGAGAAGAAAGGUCGGACUCGGAGGAAUCCUGAGGAGGAGGUGCCAAGGAAUGGGGCGGGUGACUGCACGAGUGGUGAUCAGGAUGUGGACAAUGCUCGCGACGAAACGACUCAGGAACGCGAGAGACUCGGUCGGGAAGCGGAGGCGGACCGACGCACGAAUAUAUCCGCGCAGGGAGAGAUUGAACAGCAGAACAGCGCGGAUCGUAAGGGUGGCAAUAAUCAGACGAAUACGGAACACAGGAAAAAUAAGUCUGAGCCGGACUCGGAAAAUAUUGGCAAAGAGCGUCCUGUAAGCGGACAGACUGCGGCGAGAAAUCAGAAAGAAAAGUUAGUCAAGGAACACACGAGGAGUUAUUCUGAUGGCGGGGCGGUGUUUGUGAGCCCGCGUCGUCAGCGCAGCGAUUCCAACGGACAGCAUAGCGAUCAGGGCAUUUAUGAUAAUGAGCAUGCCGAGGUUGUGUUAUCGCGAUCGCGGUCGCUGAAGUACGAUCGUCAGGGAAGCCGCGCCGAUUUUCCACCGCGGUUACUGGUGGUUUCGAGUAAGAUAAAGAACAUUAUGUCCCUACAGAAUGCCCUACUGCCUCAAGUGACGUUUUUGCAAUAUAAGUUCGAGACAUCGACUUUUGAUGGUUUGAUAGGUUUAAUAGGCCAAUUCCUGCUCAAUAAGAAGUUUCACAGUGUUGCCUUAGUUCUCCAUGGCCCGGUGGGCGUGAUACAGUUGUGUGGGAAAGAGGAAAAGCCACUCAAUAAAGAUACCGUCCUUGACCACGCAGGUAUUCGUGGCUUCUUCUCCAAACUCUUCAGUCUCCAUGGCAAUAAGGAGGCAGCGAACCUCCGCCUCGACUUCUUGGCAUGUAACGCCGCUCAGGGACAAGAUGGCGGACAGGGCAUCGUCAAGGAGCUGGAGGCUCUGCUGGGGGUGUCGGUUGGUUUGUCUCGAGACAUUGUCGGAGCAGAGCUGGUCAAAGACCCGUCCUCAAAAAGUACGGUUGGGGAGCUCUACUUCCGUCUUGAGUGUCUCCGUGGAUGGAGUGGACAUUACCAGCAGUCAAUGGCCGGCUUUGAGAAGAUCAGAACCGUUGGGAAAGGGGCAUAUGGUGCGGCCGUCCUCUACCGGAAACGUGACGACGACUCCCUGGUCAUACUCAAAGAAAUCAACAUGCACGAUUUGAAUGCAGCAGAGAGACAACUUGCUCUUAACGAGGACGCUAGCUCAAUACCUCUCUCAUAG